UAUAAAAUGUCAGAAAUUAAGUGUGGUUUUGACGUUUACUGGGGAUACACAUUGACGUAUUGAAAUGCAUUUUAAAAAAGUUAUGAAUUUAGGAGCAAAAUGAUUUUUAUAAUUAUUUUUUGAGUUUUUAUAAGAAAAACUCCAAAUGGUAAUAGCAAUAUGGCAGAACAGAAUGGCAUAGAAGUCCUCAAGGACGAAAUUAAACGGUUGAAUAGGGAAUUGGACCAAGCCAGUUCAGAAAAAGUCCAAUCCGCUCAGUACGGCCUGGUAUUGUUGGAAGAAAAGAAGGAAUUGCAGCACAAGUGCGAGGAACUCGAGACUUUGUACGAAAAUUCCAAACACGAAUUGCAAAUCACCCAACAAGCCCUUGCAAAAUUUCAAUCUAGUCACAAGGUAACCACCAAAACAGGCAUAGAAACAGAAGAGUCACUUUUAAGUGAAUCUGCAGCACGAGAAACGUCUUUGUAUACCCAGAUCUCAGAGCUUGAGAAUGAAAAUAAACAACUCAGGCAUGAGCUUGAAAGAGUUACAGCAGAACGUGAUAGUAUGCUUCAGGAGAACAGUGACAUGGGCAAAGACAAAGAAGAUCGAAGUAUGGAGUGCAAACGACUUAGAACCGAACUGAGGGAAGUGAAAUUUCGCGAAAAUCGACUAAUUGCCGACUAUUCUGAAUUGGAAGAGGAGAAUAUUGCAUUACAGAAGCAGGUAUCAGCCCUCAAGAGCUCCCAGGUUGAGUUUGAAAGUCUCAAGCAUGAAAUAAGGCGUUUGCAAGAGGAAAUGGAAUUAUUAAACCUUCAAGUUGAAGAAUUGAGUAAUUUGAAAAAGAUUACUGAGAAGCACAUGGAGGAAGCGCUUGAGUCUCUUCAGAGUGAACGGGAAGCUAAAUAUGCCUUAAAAAAGGAGCUUGAUCAGCAUAUUAAUAGAGAAUCCUUUUAUAAUAUAAACAAUUUGGCAUAUAGCAUUAGGGGUAUUACCGAAGAAACAACAUUAGGCAGUGAUGGUGAAGAAGAUGGUCUGAAGCAUAUUGAAGUGAGUUUGUCUAGUGGCACAGGAUCAGAACUAACAUCCCCUGAUGACAAACAUGUCGACCUCUUUUCGGAGGUUCAUCUAAAUGAGUUAAAAAAACUUGAAAAGCAGUUGGAAUUGUUAGAGAAAGAGAAACACUCCCUGGCACAAAGCUUGCGGGACAAUCAGAACAUGGUGGAGAAAGCUCAGGGAGAAUUGCAAGUAUUUAUAUCAAAGCUGAUGCAGCUGGCUGCGCAUGUCGAUUCUCUAGAGCGCUUGUCCCAAAAUUAUAACAAAUCCAUUAAUAAACAAAUCAAAGAAGAUGGUCCCACCAGCCCAGCUAUGAACCAGUACCAGCACUGGUUCAAAUUAUCGGCGCAUGAAAUUGAGCAGCUCAAACAUGACAUUAAGGAGUUGGAAAAGUUAUCGAACGUGUCUGACGCAACUCUGCAAUUACGAACCGAGAUAACUAACCUUAAGAAUAAAUUGCUAGAUACUGAGCAGAAGAGCAUGGAUGUACAAUCGGAUCUGACACUGUUAAAGCAGUUUGCGAGCGAAGCGGGUGCAUCACUGGAUGAGACACAGAAUAACCUUCAGGUUGUUACUGAAGAGUUGGCUCAGUUAUACCACCAUGUAUGUACAGUUAAUGGAGAAACGCCGACCAGGGUGAUUUUGGACCAUGAGAAGGAGGGCAUGACUCCCAUGUCGGAAACGGUGCCGACCAUAGGCGACAUGACCAAACUCGAUCUUCUGCGAAGCCGUCUAAAGAAUGACAUUCCCCUGAACGAUUUGGAAAGUUUGAACGACACCGCUGUAGUGGCUCGCACGGUCUGUACGAUCGUCGAUCAAAUUAAACAUCUAAGAAACUCUAUCGAAAACACGAUUGAAUUGUCGAAAUCGCGGAACAAAACCAACGGUGAUUUUGAAGCAAUCAAAGAGGAAAGCAGCGAAUCUGAAAUCCAAGAGCUCCAGGAACAGGUCAUACGUCUAAAGAGCUUAUUAUCGACCAAGCGCGAACAAAUUGCCACUCUCCGGACCGUCCUAAAAUCAAACAAAAAUACUGCGGAGGUCGCUUUGACGAAUCUCAAAGGCAAGUACGAGAACGAGAAGACGAUUGUAUCAGAGACAAUGAUGAAGCUAAGGAAUGAACUCAGAUUGCUCAAAGAAGAUGCAGCCACAUUCUCCAGUCUUAGGGCCAUGUUUGCUGCCCGCUGCGAGGAGUACGUCACACAGGUAGACGAACUGAAGCAACAGUUGAACGCCGCAGAGGACGAGAAGAAAACCCUCAAUCAGCUGCUCAGGUUGGCGGUUCAGCAAAAGCUUUCGCUGACGCAGCGUCUCGAAGAGUUAGAGGUUGACAGAGAGAUCAGGAACGCCCGGCGCCCAAACAGCAGGAGUUUCCAGAGGCCGGGCAAGUCGAAUCGAGAGAACAUGUUCUAGCCCAUGCCGCGACCUUCCCCCGUGCUGUAUUUCAUAGCAUUUAUCAGUUCGUUUUUUAAAGUUUGAAAAGUUUGGUGCGUGGGUAGGUCCCGACGGCGGUAACGGUUUUUCCUGAUUUAAAAGGGUCAUUUAAUAAGUCUUUAGAAAAAAAAUGGCAAUUCUUAUUUUAUUUUGAAAAUGAUCUUUGUUCAAUUCUGUACAUUUCUUGCCAUUUCUUCAAGUCACCCGCGCAUUGUCUUGAUGAAAGGGCGAAGAUUUUUUCACACUCAAUUUUUCGUGCAAAAUUGAAGCCACUGUACCUUGUCAUGGGCUUAUAUUCUCAAGUAUGCAAAGAUCACUGCAAAUCUUAUCGUGGAUUUUGUCAAGCAUUUUGGGAGUAGGUAAUUGCAUUCAUCGUUUGUUGAUAUACAAGCACAUUUAGACUCAUUCACACAAUUGCAAACAGUUACAAACAAAAAAUAAAUUAGAACUAAAAAAUGUGACAUUUGAUAAAGACACGGUGUUGUCGAAACAAUAGUCAUGUCAAAAUAUAUAAUUUCGUUAAAAUCUGAACUUUUAGUUCUAAUUUAUUUUGAUAAAUGGAUUUUCAUCAAGUAAAAACCACCUCAGUUCAAGUUACAAACACAGGAGCAGAUGUGCCAUUAACUUUGUCAAACUCAUCUUUGAUUUCUUUCGGCAUCAAUACUUUCAAACACGAGUGUCUAAUCACUACUUGAAACUCUAAUUUAUCCAUUUUUAUAGACCCAUUACAGUUGUGCAGUUCAAUCAACAACACUUAAACUAUGUGAUGGAUACAGCUGGAACUUUUACACCUGAGUAAUUAGGUCUACCAGUUAAUAGCGAAAAGUUAUUUUCCAUUCUACCAUCACCAUAUCUUGUAUUUUCUAAGGACUUAUUGAACAACCCUCAUAUUUCGCCUUAUUUAUUAAGAGAUCUAUAUAUUUAUUAUUAUGACUGUGUGUUUUGAGUGUGGCUGACUAACCGAGGUGUGUUCUGUGGUGGAUUAUGCAAUCUGGGUAAUCUUGGUGGUGGUUUCUAUAGAAAAUCAUGUAGGUACUGUGAAUUUUACUCAAAUGUAAAUUAAGGUUCUACUUAACCAUCUACGGGAAACUCUUGAAACUGUGGAACAAAUGCGCCCGUUUUAGUUGAAACAGAAGUAAGUCAAAUGUUUUUCUUGGAGAAAUGGUCCGUAUAGUGCUGCCAAAUCUACUAAUUUUUCAUGAGACCUACUGAUUACCAAAGUUAUCUGAUUUUAGCACAAUUUCUACCAAAAAAAAGUUGCGUUUUAAUAAGCUUUCAUCGAAUGCUGGCUACUGAUUAUAUAGAAUUUCAAUAUAGUUAUCAUAAUAUAUACAUUUUUUCCAAAAUCAUUUGAAUUGAUUUGGAGUGUUGGAGUAUAUUUGUGCAUUGUUGCUUUGUUUAAUUAUAUUUUUUGUAAAUUUAAUUCGACCGAAUCUGUGUGUUUGAUAUAGAUACGGCAUUUGUGUAAUGAACUGGCUGCACUGAAUAGCAAACAAAUAAUCGAACAGGCAAAUCAGAUUCAGUGGCCAAUCAAUUUAAGGCUAAAAGAAAUGCAAAUUAAAAAAGUGCAACAAUUUUCUUCCAUUUCCAAGAGGAUCAGUAUAUUUAUUAAUUUCUAUGAUGUGGACAUUUGUUCUACCUGGUGUUGUUUAUUUCUUUUUCCUUAGCUUAAACAGCUAAAAUGUUCUAAGCGCAGAUCACAAUAUAUGUUAUACAUGUUGUUUCAAAUUUAACCUCCGUUGGCAAAUCUCGGAAAGGGCAAGAAAUGGGUGAACCACAUUGGGGUAAAUUUAAAUAUUCGUUAUUCUUAUCAGAUAUUUCGAUUAAUAAUUACCGGAAGUGUAUAGAAAAAUUGAAAUUUCCUGUUUUCAGUUUUGAUUUGGCCCCCUUUUAACUCGUUUGUUAUGAGAGAGUACCUUGUCUUAGAGUCUGUAAAAAUAUUUGUAUUUUCGUGAGCAACUUUUUUAUUUUAAAUAAAACACAACGUAUAUUGAAUAUUUUUUGAAAUCUUACUGUUUCUGAUAUAUUUUAAAUUUUAUAUCAAUAGUAACCUCAUCCUCAUCAAAUAGGAUUUACCAUGCUAAAAUGGGGUGUUUUCAUUUCAAUAAAAUGAUUUCUAACGAUUUUUUUAUUCAAAUUUUUAAUGUUAGUUUUUACCAGCCGGUAUUUAUUCAUUUUUCGAAUAUCCACACAUUUAGAUCCGCUACUAUAAGGCAAUCAGCCCCAAAUUUAUAACAAAAACAUUCUUUCGGACAAAUGGAUAGAUAUAUUUAGACCUACAAACAUGACUUUUGAUGUAAAAUUAAAAACAUAUUAGAAACGGUAAGACUUAGGUAUAGGUUAUUUUAUGUGAAUUAUGUAUACAAAGUUCCAAGGAAUUCAAAAUGCCUUAAUAUGCAUUUGAAAUAAAGAAAUUGUUACUUUUUCACGAAAAUACAAACACCUUUUAAAUAUAGAAACAUUAAAUUUUAAAAGUGUAAGCGAAUCCAAACAACUUUUGUGUCCAGGUUUUUUUUAAUACUUUUUACACAUUCCAUUGACAUUAAUCCAUUGUAUUUAAAGGUUUUUUUAAAGUUUAGAGAUUAAAUUUCAAUUUUGACGCAAUAUUUCCAGAACUACCAAAGAUAAAAUUCUUUAAAAAAACAUUGAUUCCCGCCGCUCUAUUUCUUGCUAUUCCGUGAACCCGAUAAUGGGACGCUCUUUAUAUGCAGGGUAAUUAAAAUCUUAGAAACAGAACUUUAGCAGUUGCCUAGAGGCUUUUUUUGAAGCAAAAACGUGAACAGGCUGUUCAUUCUUUUCUUUAAGCUUUUCGUGUAAAAUACAUGAAAUUGUUAAAUUAAUUCCACAUUUCCUAUGAAAUGAAAUACGCAGAUCAACUAAACUGCUUUGCUCUGCAUAAUGGUUGUUCUACUCCAUACUCUCAAAUACCCAAUUGUGGACUGAUCAAGCUUGCAGAACCUGUCACUUUAAAACGUAAGUUUCAUUAAUACAACACGCGAUUUCGGGCGACCUCACUUUCACUUACUUGGAUUACCAAAAAGUAAGGUCGAAAAUUAAAGCUAACGUUGUAGUCGUCAAUCGCUCAUAGUAAAUAGUUGGUAAACCUAACCUUAUUAAGCUUUUGAGUGAAUUAAUUUGGUCCCUAAGUCUUUUUUUAAAUAUAAAUGGAUUGAGUGAUUUUUUGAAGAUACAAAUGAAUUUGUGGUAUCAAAUUUUAUAAAUUGUUGGGUCAUAACAUAGAGUUCAAUUGCUUUUGAUAUAUAAUACCAAACAAAAUAGAAUUUUUGGUAGAUCAGGCUUCUAUUAAGUUUGGAAGUAUUUGGACUGACUUUUUCUUCCACUUCAAAAUGGGAAAAUUCUCCUAUUCCAAAGUGGAAAUUCCUAAUUACUCAAACCACUCCAAAUUCCCUGGUGGAUAUGCAGUGGUUCCUUUAUAAAAGGAACUGCUACUUUAUGGAAUUUAGUCAAAGGUGAUUACUUUUAAAUUUGCAGUUAAAGAGGUCCUCUACUAACUGCUAAAGUUAUAAUUAUUGUAAUAUUAUGAAUUAUUUCUUAUCCCUAUGAAGGGGAUAAGCGUUUGCGAUAAUGCGGUCUGAUGCGUAGUCCUUUAUUUCUAGUGCAAUAUAAUGUCACUCGGGUGUUCUGCGACUUGUCGGAUACAAGAAUUUACUUAAUGUGAUAUCUAAAAUCGUUUUGGUCAAAAAACAUGCAGCUCGGAUCUUAUCCGAAUGAUUUCAACGGCAGCGAUUUUCUAGAAUAGUUUAUAAUUUUGCAGUAAUUGGUUGGGGCAAAUCAACUAUCUGAGAAGCUCCAAAGGUUUUAGUCCAAAUUAGCAUUUUAGAUAGCGUUUUUAUUGGCACGUCCAUACAAAACAUUGUACGCAUAUGCGAUAGUUUUUUAAAUCGUUGAAGUAGUAAAGUGAAUUAUUUAAUACAUUUUAUAAGCAUAUAUAACGGUUAUAGCUGUGUGGUAGACAUUUUUGUGAUGUAAAAUCGUUAUAACAUUUUUGUUUCGUUUUGUUAAGUUCCACGUUAAAAUUUACAAAAACUUUUUUACCUUUUGAAGGGUCAACGUAGGUGUUAAUCUUCUAAUAAUCGCCCAAGCACAAAUAUUUUGCCUGCAAAUAAUCAAACCGAACUCGCUCCAUGGACCUAAGUGCAUACAAUACAAUAGGAAAGUGUAUGUCGUAACUGAGAGAAAACCGUUCGAACAUAUUAUCACGUCCCAUAAGGUUGUCUGCGAACCAUUUUAUCUUUCCGUUGGUUCUGAGUCCAUUGUCGUUGUCGAUGAUUUUGCAUUGUCCCGUUUCCGAGCCUAUGGACCACGGAAGUACUUGCCCGUCCCUCUCUUAAUCGUAUUGUUUAAUAUUAAUAGUAAUAAUGAUUAUGAUAAACUAAAUAAAACAUGGUCCAUCCAUUUCGAUUGCGUGUUUAUAUUGAAAUUUGGCAUUAUAGUUUUACUCGUUACAUGUUGUUAUUAUUGAUGACUUCCACAAUUUACUCUCGUACAUAAUAUGAUAGUUAAUGUUAUUUGAUUGUACCUAAUAUUUUUAAUAAAAUUAUUGAACC